AAAAAAAGUCUGUUGAAAUCGUGGGUUCCUUCUUAUGCUUGUUUUAGGGGGGCGCUCGCCUGCAAGAAGUCCAAUCCUUCCAUCGUGUCAACGCUGGACAUCACUUCGCCUCACCUUGUCUCCAUCUUUCUUUCAUCCGCUCUUUUGCCGUCUUUUAUUUUCUUCGUGGCGCUGUCGUUUUCUCUACCUACUUGUACUUCUAGCACCACCGCUACAUCAAACGAGCCGAGCCCGAUUGCGGCCGCACGAAUCCAGACACGUCUUCUUCUGUUCCUCAAUGUGAGGCUUGAGCCUCCUCUGUCUUUCGCUCCAAUUCUCUUCGCCAGCCGACGCGGCUCCCUCAUUUCAAGAUGCGCGUCUCCAAUAUGCGCUUGCCCAACAGCUUGCGCAACUUGAGCGUGCGCCUCUCGAGCAUUCGCAUUCCCCAUCCUCACCCGCGGCGCAUCAUUCUCUACGUGACGACAACAGCCCUCCUCGUCGUCAUGAUCCUCACCUUCACCAUGAGCGACAGACUAUUCGGCAAUGGACAUUCCGGCUACGAUCCUCUCCUCUCUCGAACCAAUGAUUACCGCCUCCUCACGAGUACACGGAAUAACUUGGGUUUCUACAACUCUAUAAAUGUCAAGAAGACGGGCCAGAAGAUUAUGAAUCCUACCCUUCUUGAAUUGCCAAAGGGCAGCAAGCACGACUUCCUCGUCAUUGCGCGCGCUCCCCACGUCGACCAAGAUAUCAAGGGCAAGAAAUACAGACGAGCUCAGCAAGUCGCCACCUUCGUUAGCCUUACAUGGGAUGCAUUCGGCCGGCCGGAGCUCACUGCGGACAACGAUUGGCACAAGAUGCUUGUGGAGGACUUCACAGAGGCCCAGGGUCCUGAGCAUCACUGCAAGAACCAGCCCGACAUGGAUAAAUACAUCGGACCUGAGGACAUGAAGUUGUUCUGGAGGAAGAAUGGUACUCCCAUGCUCAUCUUCACCCACCAGGUAGAUGACGAGAACCUUUGCGAGGGUAUGUACAUCGUCGAUGCACGUGCAGCUGUGCCCGAGCUCGUCAAGCAAAUGGGUAAGCACGCGAAAGAACUCCCUGGGAUCGAAUUCGACAAACCCGUUCUCCUCCGUCGCCAGCCCCCCGAGGGCCAAGAAUCCGACGCCCGAUACCAACGCGAGAAGAAUUGGGCUCCUGUUUACUCUCCCUUCAGCGCCGAUGAUGACGAGAUGAUGUUCAUGGUAGAGCCUAGCCAGCUGUACCGCUUCAACUCGACCGACGAGCCUGUCCAGAACAUGGAAGCUGAGCCCGAAUCCGCUGUUGACGAACCCUUCCCUCCCGAUAACGAAAAGAAGACGUGGCACUCUGCCGAAAAGACCUGUAUGAACGACGUCAUGCUCACCGACAAGCGCGUGCAUCAAUCGACGCCCAUGCUCAGCCUCACGCUAUGCAAUCGCGGGGCUUGCGAGCCGAUGGAGAACAACACGGUCCUUAUGGGCAUGGUGCAGAUGCGCUACGAUCCUCCUCAAUACACAAACACAUGGUACGACCACCGAAUAGUCGUCUACUCGCCCGUCGCGCCAUACCACAUGAUGAGCGUCAGCAAGAAGCUCACCUACCACGGCGAAACCAACAGCAAGUACAUUUGGACAGGAAGCAUGGUGUAUCAUGGCGAUCAGCCCACGCAGAGAAGUCACGGGUACUUGGACGACGAGAUCUGGCUGAGCUUUGGCAUUGGCGACUCGUCGCCUGGAUGGUUGGACAUCAAGGCAGAGGAGUUGGUGCUUGACCACUAUUUCUGCCAAGGGGCGACACCAGGGUAUCGGAGCAGCAUCAAAAAGCAUGCGCAAUGACGAGAACACGAAACAGAAAGAAACAAUGUAAUUGGUAAUACGGAUAGAGUGGCAUCAUUAAUUUUUGCAGUUGUAUUACGGCAUAUCAUAUCACCUGUGUAUAAUUCAGGAUACUUGGAGUUGCGGUAGAAUAAGGAAGGGCAUCUAGAGAAUUGAUUGAAUUGAAUUGAACUGACAUUGACUGAGUGGUCA